AUGGCGAUUAUGCAAGGCUUUGUUCCUCUGGUUGUUGGGGCAAUUGUUGUUGGAGUUUGUGCGUCCUUUCUUUCAGGUGUGCAUUCCUAUGGCGUGUGCUACGGCACGGUAGCCGACGACCUCCCGCCGCCGAGCGAAGUGGUGCAGCUCUACAAAUCCAACGGCAUCAGCAACAUGCGCGUCUACUUCCCCGACAGCAAGGUCAUGGAAGCCCUGCGCGGCUCGGGCAUCGGUCUCGUCCUCGGCGUCGCCAACGAGGACAUCGCCAACCUGGCCGCGUGCGCGCCGUGCGCGGCGUCGUGGGUCCAGACCAACGUCCGGCCCUACCACCCGGACGUGAACGUCCUGUACAUCGCCGUCGGCAAUGAGGUCGACGCCACCGCCGCCGCCCAGAGCAUCCUCCCGGCCAUGCGGAACCUGCAGGCCGCCCUGGCCGCGGCGGCACUCGACGGCGACAUCCAGGUGUCCACGUGCGUGAGGCUCGACGUGGUCACCAACACCUUCCCGCCCUCCAGCGGCGUGUUCGCGCAGCCCUACAUGGCGGACGUCGCACGGUUCCUGGCGGCCGCCGGCGCGCCGCUGCUCGCCAACGUGUACCCGUACUUCGCUUACCGGGGCAGCAACCCGGGCGACGUGAGCCUCAGCUACGCGCUCUUCCAGCCGGGCACCACGGUGAGGGACGGCGGCAGCGGGUUCGUGUACACAAACCUGUUCGACGCCAUGUUGGACUCCGUGCACGCCGCGCUCGAGAAGGCCGGGGCGUCCACCGUCAGGGUCGUCGUGUCCGAGAGCGGCUGGCCGUCCGCCGGCGGGGACGCGGCCACCGUGCAGAACGCGCAGACGUACGUCCAGAACCUGAUCGACCACGCCGGGCAGGGCACGCCCAAGCGGCCUGGGCCGUUGGAGACGUACGUGUUCGCCAUGUUCAACGAGGACCAGAAGCCCGGGGAGCUGACGGAGAGGAACUUUGGGCUCUUCUAUCCUAGCAAGGCUCCGGUUUAUCCCAUCGUGUUCCGACACUGA